GUUCCACUCUCCUGGAAAAUUGUCCUCAGCUUUUUUGUCAGAGUGCAUGGGUGUGACUUCCAUAUUUUCCAGGAGCAUUUUGCUGCCGAACUCAAGUUUCGAUGCGCACAAAACGACUUGUAACUUACUGACUAUGGCGUCAAAAGCAACUCAGGAAUAUCGUCUCUCUUUUAUAACGCUCAUCUCACAAUUGACAGAAAUUGAGCGCAAAGGUCAAGAAUUGUUUGACAAAAUUGAAAAAUCAAUAGCAGUACCUUACAAUGCAAAUGACGCGCAGGCGGAUUUUGAGCAACUAUUAGUCUCCUUGCGCGCCUUGGAAACACACGCAAAAACGUGCGGUUUACUCAGUAUCACAGGCAUGCCCGCCGGCGCCACAACGGUCGAAUCCAACGUACCACCACGAAAUUUAGCCACUCGAAACGCUGAAACACUGCAGUCUGUUGAUGAGUUCUUCCAGGAGAAAAAUCGACUUUUGAUGAAUCUCCGUGCAGCCGUCAACACAGCCAAGCGAUCAGCGUAGUCAUCAGUUCCAUCGAUACAUUAAUUGAUCUUAUAGCUUCUCUUUACUUGUAUAUAAAUACCACUCCGUCGUUAUUAUGUUACCCCUUUGAUAACACAGAAAAAAGUUACAAUAUUUUUUUUAUUCAAUUGCGAACAAAGCGUCUGGUAGGGUCUCACGUCGAAAACUAGAAAACCCGUCUGGUCACCAAUGCUUUGGGAAACAGGGAUGACCUAAUGGAUGAAAAUAAAGACUUUUUGGAAAAAGGAUACACUAUGUCAGUGAGACAUAACAAAGCAUUAGAUGUACCUUCGUCUAUACUGUAUACAUUUUCCAUUCAGGAGGCAGCUUUUAAAAAGCC